AUGGCUUCGCGAGCGCGCCUCUCUUUGGGACUCCAAUUCUCGAGCUUGAAUUUUAAAGAUUUGCUUCAUAAAGCAGUAAUCGCAUCGUGGAAGAGCGAGAAAUACUUUGAUAUUUUUCAAGCCUUGGGUAUUCGAGAUCCGUCAUCGACAGACGCAAGCCAAUAUCUGAAACAAUUCCUUGCUUCAGUCGACGGACAAAAACGUCUAGAUCUUGUGGCUUCCUGUCUGGCUUAUAGUGUAUAUGAUCAAGCCUCUCACGUCUUCCACCCUGAGCUAGUGUUCCAGUCCUUCGUCAAGCCAGUUCUGUUCCGUGACGCACAACAGUCACUCCAGCUCAUCGAGGCUGUCCGCUUUCAUUUCGUAAGAUUCGUCAGAAAGAAUGGUCGAGCGGUCGCCAGCCAGCAUCUGCAGGGAAUAAGAGAGAACCAGGGUGUCAUAUUCUGUAGCUGCAACUUGUGCUUACUCGGAACUCCCAUGCACACACUCAGCUGUGGCCAUCGCUUCUGUAGUCACUGCAUCACUAUCGGAGGAAAUUCACUUUCCACUUCUCAAGAAUACACCUGUCUCUUGUGUGAAGAGAAAAAUAAGGCACCACUCAGUAUACGACCACCCACAGCUGGAAUUCGUACGCUAGAGCUUCUCGAGCCCAAGUCCUCUCUCAAACUCCUACACCAAGUGCGCAAGCUACUUUUUGGCCACCUCGCAGACUAUGUGGACUUCGUUAUAGGAGCUGAAUCAGAUACUUCGGUGAUAGAAGGCUACUUCAGCAACAAUUGUGGACUUCCACAACUCUCCAAAGAGCUAAAAGGUGGCAAGAAGGAGAGAGAUGGCCAGUGGCCUGGGCCUUACCCUAUAAACCCUCGCGUUCGUAUUGCUUUGCAUAAAAACGGUCGUUGGUUUCGAAAUUAUGGACCUGCCAUGUCGAAUCCCCGCCGCCCUUUCUUGUCAAGGUUCAAGAUCCCGUCUCCGAAGAGAAGUAAGAGAGAGGAAGUAGACCUUGCAGGGCAGAUGAAUCUGGAGUGCCAAGGUCUAUGGGGAACUGUGCCUCGGUUGAGGAUCCAAUGCCACAAUGAACUGGGUAUGAGUGUUGAGGCAGUUGCGGGGAAACUAUUUUCCGCGUUGUUCUACGUCGACCUCGUCUCACAUACAAGUCUGAGCUCGUACCCAAUUUCUUACGAAGUCGAUAUCAAGUGCUGCCUGCCACCUGGAAAUCACCUCAGUGCAGUCAUGCAUAAGGUGCAGGACAAGGGAUUGAUGGUCAGCUACGGAAAUUGCGGCCGAUGGUAUCAAAAAAUCCUUCGUUUGCCAGGUUGGGAUCCCCUACAGCCCUUCUCCAGGCGGCUUCAGAUCGAAGGCUCGACACCAGAAGCCACCCUAGAAGUCAAAAUUGACUGCCCUAUACGGAUCGGACGGCAGGAAGGUGUCAGCAAUUCCCCUUGUCGGCUGAGAGAUCUUGUAAAGUACAUGGCGCAAGAUCGCAAGGCGAGCGUCACUGAUCUACGUAAAACAAAUACGGUGGCAGAACAGCAGUGCACGAUGGAACCUCUGAAGUGGAACGAUGAAAUCGCUAGGAUAGAUGCCGAGAUAGAUGAGCUACUAGGUUUCUGUAAAGAUAUCUAA